CCUCCCUUUUAUACUCCUACAGUCUCUUUCCCCACUUCAACAGAAUUUUAACUGAACCCGCCAAAUUUUAGCAACAAAUUCGUCGUCGUUUCACACAAGUCAGUUAAGCUAGCAAUGGAGGGAGUGACAGUGAAAGAAGAGGAGAAGGAAACGGUGAAGUAUAUAACUACUACAUCAGCUGCUGCAUCUUCUUCUUCAUCAUCUUCAAGUUUUUCACCACAGCCGAUGGAGGGGUUAAUCGAUCCAGGCCCGCCUGCAUUUCUGACGAAAACCUUCGAAAUGGUGGAGGACCCAUCAACUGAUUCCAUUGUUUCGUGGAGUAGAGCUCGCAACAGCUUCAUUGUUUGGGAUUCUCACCAGUUUUCCACCGCUCUACUUUCCAAGUACUUCAAGCACAAUAAUUUUUCUAGCUUCAUUCGCCAACUUAAUACAUAUGGUUUUAGAAAGAUUGACCCGGAUAGAUGGGAAUUCGCCAAUGAAGCAUUUUUGGGAGGCCAGAAGCAUCUAUUGAGGACAAUUAAAAGAAGAAGAAAUGUCUCACAGAAUAUGCAACAGGAAGGAAGAGAGGCUUGUGUUGAAUUGGGACAUUACGGAUUGGAUGGUGAGCUUGAAAGACUUAAUAGAGACAGAAAUUUGUUAAUGGCGGAAAUUGUGAAGCUACGGCAACAGCAACAGCAAUCAAGAGACCAAAUUAUGACAAUGGAGGCUAGGUUAGAAGCUACUGAAAGGAAACAACAACAAAUGAGGACAUUCCUUGCCAAAGUACUCAACAAUCCAACAUUUGUCAAGCAAUUUGCACAGAGAAAUGCACGUAGACGAGAAUUGAGAGAUGUUGAAAUUGGGAGAAAGCGGAGGCUAACUGCCAGUCGAAGCUUGGAGAACUUGCAAGCAGAAACAAUCACCAUGACACCUACAGGAGUGGAAAGUGGUCAAGUUUUGGAAUAUGAAAUCCAGGUUCAGGAUGAAUUGGGAACCUUGGAGACUGCUAUAGAAACACUUUUCUCUUCUUCCUUGGACAUCGAAUCCAGCAGUGAUGUAAAUAAUUCUAUUCCUAGUUCAAUGCCCGCAAGCAGUGGCAAUUUGGCUGCUGUGCAUGAGACUACUUGGGAGUAUUUGUUUAUGGAUGAUUUAUAUUCCAGUAAUCCAGAAGAAAUUGUCGUGGGUGAUCAAUCAGAAACUGAUGUUCAAGUAGAGGAUUUGGUUGAGGACUUGCAAGACAUUGUGGAUCAGAUGGGUGAUCUCAGGUCAAAACCAUGAUCAAAGACAUUGCCUUUAGAGGAUUGGUUGUGGUGUUUUUCUAGGCUGAGUUGGCCUCUCCGACCCCAUUCCUGUUUCUCCAUAUCUUAUGUUUAAUGAAUCUUGUUUGGUUGUUUUUGUCUGUGGCAGCGUUUAUGACUGAUAAGUAUACAUGGUUUCUCAUACAGAAGGAAGUGAUGAAAAUUGCAAAGAGUACAACAUAUGAUCCUGUUUUUCUGUACCCUUGAACAAUAAUCCAAAUAGUUUUUGAGUUUUACUAA